AUGGCUCAUGAUGACAUGUUCGAUGAUGAAAAUGAUCAUUUGGAUAAGGAUGAUAGAGAUGACGAGCCAUCAAAAGAUAGAAUAUAUGAUUUCAUUCCGAAGGGAAUGAUUAAAAGGAGGACCUUCGAAGGUGAAAGACCAGGGUUAAAGCUACGAGCCUGCAUAAGAUGCCGUUUAAUAAUGACAGAGGAUCAGUUUUAUGAGAAUGGCUGUGGAAAUUGCACACAUUUACAAAUGGACGGGGAUAGAAGGCGUACUUUAGAUUGUACAAGUUCAAAUUUUAGUGGAUUUUUGUCAAUUAUGGACCCGGAGAAGUCGUGGUCCGCAAAAUACAACAAUUUAAUUAAUCUAAUACCUGGAUGCUAUGCUAUAUCGGUCAAUGGCACACUACCAGAAUCAAUUAACGAUGACCUGCUCGACUAA